AGUAAUGCGACCCAACAGCCGCCCUUAAACCUUUAAAGAAGAAGACGAAUCGCUGCGCGGGUUCAGUUGGAGCCGUUGUUGAAAUUUGGCAACGGAGAACUAAGUUGUAUAAACGAUGCAUCGUUUGGACUCGUCUCCGUUCACGGUGACUCCGGCUGCCAGCCUGUUGGCCCGGUGUGUCUCCAGAGGAGCUCUGUCUCAGGAGGAAAUAGACUCCGCCUCCUCCAGCCUAAGCCCCGCCUUCUCUGCUCACCUGCACGAGGCUGAACAGCGAAUCAGAACGCAGAGACAGCUGGACCAGCUGCAGCUGGAGGUGGAGCUGCUGCAGCAAGAGAAGAAGAGCGCCGACGUCUCGCACACUUUCUACCUCACUCGGAGGUUCCAGAUGCUCCAGGUGUUCUGCUGUCACCUGCAGGACGUCCUGAAGGACCAGAGCAGUCUGAGGCAGAGGCUGAUGAGGCCGCUGGGACGCACUAACCUGCCGGUCCCGGCACACCUGCACAGGUUCGUGGUGGACGUGGUGACGCUGCUGCUGGACUUCAUCGAGACUCUGGAGGAGAAGAUGGACUCGGUCCACUGCUGCUCCACCGCCAGAGACCGCCUCGCUCAGCUGGUCAGUCACACAGCUCUACAGUAGUUAUAUCUCACACACUCACACACACACACAGAGACACACA